AGGCAACUUAAAAGCAGUUGCUCAAAAGCAGCACAAUUUUCUAAAGCAUCUCUAUUAGCCUCAUUUUCUUCAGAUAAAUCCACAGAAAGCAAAAGCUUUGAACAAAUAGAGGAAAUAAGGAGAAAAUAAAACAACGGGAUGGGGGAAGAAAUACUUCCCAAGACCAUCCCACACCUGCACAACAGAGAGGAGAGGAGUGGGUGCUACCUUCCUUCACCAGAAACUGGGCCAUGCAAACAAGCGAAGCCCCAGCACAUGAAACCACACCUCUUCCAGUUCACAGAGAAAUAUGUCUCCAUGGAACCGGUCCCUGGCGCCCAAAAGGACAAACCAUCAGAGAUCAAGAUGGUGGUGGAAAAGCCCACAACUUCAUCUGUGGCCCAACUAGCAGGAAAAUUUCAAGAGCAAUCAUCAGUUUCUGGAAAGGAGGUCCCAGCUCCUAAACCAGUACGCAGAAAACCACCUUGUUCUCUUCCCCUCCACACAAAUAAGAUGGAGCUAGGACAGAAUGGUGAGCUAAAACCAUCCCCAAAUGCUUCUCGUCCUAUAAGGGUAAAGCCCAAAAGUUCUCCUCUCAUUGAAAAAAUGCAGGCCAAUUUGGCACUUGCUCCAACUUCUAUGCUGCCAGGAGCUUCUCCUAAAAGCCCUGGACUAAAGACAAUGAUGUCUCCCUUUAACAGUCCACCGGUCACCCCUGUCAGCCCAAAGACUCAUUCAAGUAUUCCUGAUGAAUCUCCAGUUAGUUUUGAACAACCACCAGAAGGUACUCAUCUUCAGUUUUAUAAUAAGGUAAGGACACGAGGAUCAAUAAAGCGCAGACCUCCAUCUAGAAGGUUUCGAAAAUCACAGUCAGAAUAUGGAGAUGACCUAGAUUUAGGAGGGACAGUUUUACCUCAGGAAAAUGGUUCCAAAACUGAGGAGAAGGAGGAAGUAGAUGUAUUUAUGGACAAUAAUAAAUGUAUUAAAUCAUCACCUGCCCCCGAGGGUGGUGUAGACAAUCAAAAGAAACAAAAUCAAGUUGCUUCUGAUGAAAAAUCCCAAUCAGUUCUACAAUCUAGUGGAUCAGAAAACAAAGAGAAAGAAGUAGAUACAGAAAAAGUAACAAAAUUCAAAGAGAGCCAGGAAGACAAGACACAGCAGAAUCUUUCAGAGGAAAGACCAAGUAAGACUGUGAACAAUGAGAAAGAGAAGAAUGCAGAUACAGAUAUUGCAGAAGAUACAAAAAGAAAACCACAGAACUAUAAUGCUUCCGACAUGGAAAACACUUAUAAAGAAAAGAAGGAGAAAAAAAUAAAUGGAAGUGAAGAUUCACAUCAUGAAUCAAGCAGACAAGAUACUGGGACUUCACAACCUACUGCAGAUAUGAAACUAUUCUGAACUCCAGGAUAUGGUGCUAAUAUAAUUACUAAGAAAUGAUAAAUGGAAAGCCAAUUAUUAGUGUUCCUAUUGCAAUAUUUGCUUAUAAACUAUUUCUAGUUUAUAAUAGUUUAUAAAGAAAUAAACUAUUUCUUUAAAGAAGACACCAAAGAAACCUGAAUUAUUACUUUCUGCUGGAAAUUUUUAAGCUUUUGUUGAGACAAAUCAAGACAUCUGUGAUGGACAACAGCCUUACCAAGCUCCUUAAGUUUCUCAAACUUGGGGACAGGCCAAAAGCAUGUUUUGGAGAUUGUUGUCUAUUGAAUUUCAACAGUUGUUGAGUGUUUUUUUUUAAAUGGAAAGGACUAUGAUAUUAAUUACACUUUCUGAUUAAAGUUGACAUUUCCAAACCAUUUCUGGCCUGUGAGCUAUAAUUAUACUGCAUACAUAUCCAUUAUACAGUCAACAUAGAAGCAUAAAAAACUCAGUCUCUUCUGGUUUGCUUACUGGCUGUGGAAUAAUUUGUAGAUGCGACAAAACAAAAACAAAAAAAAUUGAUUUUCUACAAUAUUUCAUACCUUUUGGGUUUUUCUGAGUUUGCUAUUAAGCACAGGAUUGCUUGGCUGGAUUCAGCAAAGUAAUAGAUUCGGCCACAAGAUUGCUAAGCCAUUGUGAUAAAUAGGCCAUGGUUUAUGGUUUAGCAUGUGCAAACUCAAUUAUAUGACCUAUUUAGCAAAAAAUAGUGAAACCAUAGCUUGACGUGAUAUGUGUAUUAAAUUUGUGGGUAUUUUUAUACAUGAAUGUUACAUUAAGUUUGAGCCUCUUGUGCUAUUUAUCUAAUAUCUUUGGUUAUUGUUCAUAUUUUUUUAAAAGGAAAAGAAUUAUUUAUAAUGUACAUGACAGAUCUUACUGAUGUCUUUUUAAAAAUCUAUUACUGAAUUGACAAGCAAUAACAUCUUUCAAUUUCAUUUGUCAAAACCUGCAACUUUAAAAAAGUCUGCUGUUCUCUUUAAGAAGCCAGUUAUAGCAAUUGCUUAAGUAGAUAUCUCCAAUUAUUUUAGGAAAUAGGAAUAGAAUAGAAAUAAAAAUAGGAAGCACUGAAUCAUGCCCCCAUUAGAUAGAUCUGUUUUAGAAAUGCAACUUGUAGUCAAAAAUGCGAUCUAUAAGUAAUAAUGGCUGAAAUAUCAAAUGGGGAGAAAACAUAUAUUCAACAAAUUAGGGAUCAACAAGCUGAAUACAUCUACAUUUGCUAUUCAACUAUGCAUUUCUGAACUUCACAUGGUUCUGCUUGGAGUGACUGAAGAAUGAAAGCAUAUACCUAUCAGUAUGAAUAAAGUAAGUGUAGCUAUUUGGAAGGAGUUAUGCCUAGGUCUGCAAAUAUUGCUUAUACAUUACAGAUAUCACUGACAAGUGAACAUGGUUCACUGCAGAAUUAUUUUGCAUAUUGUGCUGGUCAGCUGUAGAAUAGUUCUGCAUCUCAGUGAUCUAAAGCAGGGGUCUCCAACCUUGGCAACUUUAAGCCUGGCAGACUUCAACUCCCAGAAUUCCCCAGCCAGCAAAGCAAAUUCUGGGAGUUGAAGUCCGCCAGGCUUAAAGUUGCCAAGGUUGGAGACCCCUGAUCUAAAGAGAGCAUAGCAUCAUUUUCUGAAUGGAGAGAAGACCAGGUACUGCAGCUAGCAGCAAGAUUUAAGAAAUAAUUUUCCCAAACUGUGAUUGGCAGAUGUUCUUCUAAAAAACAGAAUGGCUACUGGCUAAAGGAGCCAGACAGUUUUUGUUUGUUUUCUUCACAUGACUAAAGUCUCAAUAUUAUCACAGUGCAUGGUGCUGCUCUCAGAAGAUAGCACACUGUAAACUAUCAUCUCUUCCAAAAAGCUAUCUUCAAAGCAAAAAUAUGAAGUAGUUUCAAAAAUAAUCAUAAUGCUUCAAGAAAUAAUAUGGUAUAUUAAACUAUUUUGCAAUUGAAGAUGCUCAUUUAUACUAAAUGGCCAGUUUAAUUCUGUGAAUUUCUCAAGUAGGUAUGAAGGAGAUAAUGGAUUCUUGUUGAUUGUAUAAUUAAACUGGUAUGUACUAAUUCCUGGUUGCCAUAGAUAAUAGUAAUUUUAUGUAAAUAUUUAUGUAAUCUAUGCACCAUAUCAUUCUGCAAAACGAAUUUUCUUAUGUAAUUUUGAUUUGUGUAAAAUGUGUUUGUUAAACUUAAAAGCUAUUGAGCAUUCAUUUAUUAUUUGAUUCAGACAGCUAACAUUUUCAUACGGAUUGUUUCUUUCUUUUUGUUCCUUCCUCAUACAGCAAAGAUGCAUCCCAUGUUUGUUGAUCAUCUAUUGUUUUGCUCAAUGCUUUUGUAGAACAAUAGCUCUAGAUGGAGUGACUGGAUUUUUUUUCUUGGAUUUUCGUAAUUUAUGGACUGGUAGCUAUGCCUCAGCUAAAUCAUGAAUCUGAAGAACACUGUAGAGAUUUUUGUAUUUGUAUUACUAAACCAUCUCAGUUAUUAAAAACUUGUGGGUCGCCA